AUGGCUCCAGAUAAGCCUCGAGGUACGUGCUUAAUUUGUAUUAUCUCUAUACCUUCAUGAGUCGGAAAUCUUGCAUCAUUUUUCCUGAUAAACCCAUAGCUUAUCUUCUCUCAAGUUUCAUUGUUUAAGUGACCUCUUGAUGAAACUCGGAUGUUAAUCUAGGUGAUAUAAAUGCUUGAUCUGUAUGAGACGUGCAAAUUUAGAAUUACUUUAAGUAACGUUUAUCAUUAUACUUUAAGUAGAAUUACUUGAUCUGUAUGAGACGUGAAAAUUUCAUGUUUUCACAUCUUUCUGCUAUAUUUUUUAAAAGUGUAAGUUUGAAGAUCUUUUACAUUCUUCAAUCUGUGUUUAUAUGAAACUUAUAUAGUCAUUUUAGGCCAAACUGUUUGCAAAGCUGAACAAAACGUGUACGUCAGCUCGCUUUUGUAAUUUUUUUUGCGUUUUUUAUGAAAUUUACUUGUAAGUUAAUGCCUCUUCAAGCAUCCACUUUUUACUGAUUUAACCUAGUCUUUAUUUUCUUUUUUUGAUGAACUCGUUCAUUAGUUAUGAGUCCUACAAUUUGUGAGUCUUUAAUCAAAAGGGUUGUGAAGCCAUCUUUCUCUGAAAACUGAUUAUAGUGUGUUCAACAUAAGCAAUGAGUCUACUGAAAGCUCCUUUAGAGAAUCAAAGAAAAAAAAUAUCUUCAACCUGAGUGUCAAACCUGCAUGAAUAAUCAUGCACUUCUGCCUGCAAUGUGAGAUAAACAAGUUUCUUAUAUAGUGGUCGGGGAAUAACUGAAAAAUGUGUGCUUCGUUUUGUUUGGAUUCCUAAAACACCAAAACGUGGUCGUAGACGAGUAGUCAUAAAUGAUUGCAAUCUUUUGACUCCAUUUGUACCUAAUUUUGGAUGUCUUUGCAGAUGUUUGUAUUGUUGGCGUUGCUCGUACCCCUAUGGGUGCCUUUCUAGGUUCUCUUUCAUCUUUGCCUGCAACCAGACUUGGGUCUAUCGUUAUUGAAAGUACGAUGAGUAAAAUCUGUCCUCUUCAUUUCUCUGACAUUUAUACUUAAUGCCAUUGUCUGAUGUCUAUUUUAUUGGAUGCCUUUGUACAUUAACAUGCAGGUGCUCUUAAGAGGGCAAAUGUUAGUCCAGAGCUAGUACAAGAAGUCAUUUUUGGCAAUGUAUUGAGUGCAAAUUUGGGACAGGCUCCUGCUCGGCAAGCAGCUCUGGGUGCUGGGAUUCCUAGCUCUGUUGUAUGCACUACUGUGAAUAAAGUCUGUGCGUCCGGGAUGAAGGGUUUGUGUUGAUUUUACACCAUAAAUUUCGACUUCUUAAUCUAAAACGGAACUUAAUAUCUAACUGAUGAUCGUUUCAUUUUACUCCUAGCAACCAUGCUCGCUGCACAGAGUAUACAGCUUGGUAUUAAUGAUGUUGUUGUAGCUGGUGGGAUGGAAAGCAUGUCAAACGCACCUAAAUAUCUACCUGAAGCAAGGUUAGUAUCUCAUUAUGCUCCUUCCAUGGAUGUUAGUAGUUUGUGUUGAUUGGUUAAUCCUAUUUGAACUCAUUCUGCACUCCCUGAGCGAAAUGAAUGAUAGAUGUGCCAAUUUAGCUGAAUUUACACGCCAUCUUAAAUUCAAUAUGCUUAUUCAUGUAAAUUUUUCUUCCAUAAUAAAUGUAGUGUGCUCAACUUCGUGGUGUUGGUUACACUUCGGUAUCCGGUUACAACAAUGGUUUCUUUGAAUUUUUGUAACUGUUGUUAAACGUGCUUGGGUGUUCUUUUGUAGGUUCUAAGAACUUCAUAUUUUAUUUUCUUGCAAUAAGUUGUAAUAUGGACCUUAUUCGGGGAUAGUUGUCUCUUCGUGCCAAUGCUCAAUAGCCAGGUAAUAAAAUUUGUAUUCUGUUGUUGAAUCUAAUCAACCGAGAAUAAAAAUUGAUGGCUUUGGCGUUAUAGUUUUUUAUCUUUUUAAUAUUUCGUAUGACCUGGUAAAUAAUACAUGAUUUCAAGCAUAGGAAGUAAUAGGAUUUCUAUUUCCUUUAAAAUGUUGGGUAAUCCUGGUAACACUCAUCAUGUUUGAUUAUUCUUCUUAUCAAAUGCCUUGGGAAGUCUCUUUGAUUAUAGACUUAGAGGAUCCUUUGUUUAGAUAUUUCAAGGAUCCUUUUUCAUCGUAAAUCUGUUUAUAUAGCUAUAAAUUUCUUGUGGUCAACUGAAUGUGGUUUUUAUCGAAGUAAUCAGAGAAUUUCCAGCAAAGAAAAAAUAUGGAAGCAUCGCUUGUUAGAACAAGGUAGAGUAGAAAGAGGGAAGGAGAGGAUCGGAGUGAAGAAGAAUGGAAAAAAAACUAAAAAGUUUGUUGAGCUUAAUAAUUAUAUGACAACCGUUAUGCAAAUUUUAAUUUCAUUUGUAUUUUUCGUGGUUGAGAAUAUUUACAUAUAACUUUAUACAAAUUCAGUGAUGCAUUUUUUUGCUUAUGCGAUUAAACUCUUUAUCAAUCGAAGUAGGCGAUCUAAUCCCAACCUCGGUUGGACAGGUCUGACCACCCAAUCUAUUUCAGGAUACCAUGGUCAUAUGAGAUUGUAAAGGCUAUGUGAACGAACUUGCUGCACAGUUAUACCCUACCAUGACAUAGAAUCUCACGACAAUUUUUAUGGAUAUGGAGCCACAUAGUGGAAAAUAAAAUUAAGGAUGUACUUUCAAGCGAAAUAGAGCUUUUUUGCGGGAACCUACACAAAAAUUCCGUGUUUUUCAUUAACAUAUGUUUAGUAGGUCAUGGUUUGUCGUCUGAACUCUCUCUUAUCAUAUUUUUUAGUCAUUGUGCCAUGUUUUGAUUUUUAAAACAAUUACAAAGUGUUCAUCUUCCAUGAUCACUGAUAGGCAUCUCAACUCUGUUCCUUGUGGUGUUACUGUUGUCAGGUAUAAGAGUGUGAUAACGGAAGAAUGUAGUGAUGGGUAUCAUUUUCCUUACAAGUCCAAACAUUUGGCUUGAUAAAUAUCUUGAUGUUUUCAGGAAGGGUUCUCGAUACGGACAUGACACAAUUGUUGAUGGACUGCUAAAAGAUGGUCUGUGGGAUGUCUACAAUAAUUAUGCCAUGGGAAUGUGUGCAGAGCUAUGUUCGGACCUUCACUCGAUUAUCAGGGAGGAACAGGUAGAAAAUUGAGAACGUGCUGAUGAAGUGUCUUGUAUCUUAAUUUUUUGUCUACAUAUACAAUUUUAUUUCUUACAAAGUGCUUUUUGUUUGAUGUCUGACCUGUGUUAUAGAUUUAUCACCGACAUCAUCAUGCUUUAUUAGAACAAGCAUGCCAGAGGUCGCCAUUUUGGUUUUAGGUGUUUUUAUUUUUUUAUUGAAAAUGAAAUAUUUAAUCCUUUUAAAAUGGCGAAUUAGGUGGCCAUAUUUCUAUUUCAGGAUGCUUUGAACUAGUUGACUUAUUAAUAUGGAUUCUAUGUUGAAAGCUUUUUAAUAAAAAAAUAAAAAAACUGAUCAAAUGGUCCCUGGUUUGAUGGGAUAGUUGGUACUCUGAUGGCCUAGAAGUUGCGUUCCUUCUUUUGGAAGCUUGUGAGCUCUGGCGUUUUGGACAACAUCAAUGAUAAAUACUGUCUCUCUUCUCGGUGAGAAUGAUGGCUGAUGAGCGAGGGAAUGAUAGUUUGAGGAAAGAACAUUACUCCACUGUAUGAUAGUUUGAGGACAUGAAUUAUUUUAGUUAGAUGAUAUGGAAUUAAUGAAUCAUGCCAUGAAGUUACUGGAAAGAAUGCUAGAUUAUGUUUAUAUCCCCAUUCCAAGAUUAUCUAUUGUUGACGAAAUUUUAUGCUUAUUUGUGUUAUCCAGAAGAUUAAUAUUAGAUGGUUUCUGGUUUAUUUGCAAAAAUCACCUGAUAAAGAACCAAGAAUAUUGUUUUCUGUUCGCAGAAAAAAGUAGGGUUUUAGAAGGGAUAUCAUAACUGACGUAUAUGAGAGUUGUUAGUCUCUAAUAUGUUGCAACUAGUUCCUACUAGCAAGUAGUUUUGAUUCCAUAUCUUCUUGAUCUCAUAAUGGAUGAGCUGUGUAUAUUUGAAAGGAAGUACCUCAGUGAGGCAGAGAAAAAAUGUUGUUAUACCUAAGCGGAUGAAGUUGGUCUAUAUUUAGUCUAAUAGGGUAACGAGGUGUUUACAGGCAACAAUUUAGGCUGGUCAGAGAUGGAAAACGUUGUCUAGAUUUAAUUAUUUGAAUGAAGGCGAAUAGGAUAAGUCAGGAAAGGUAUAAUAAAUAACGUCCUCCUCUUAAUCUCACUUGGAUUGCAAAAUAGAGGAAAGAACUAGGACUGAAGGUUUCAUUUUCCCUUGUUCUCUUCUUUCUUGAAAAGGAAAUAGUGUUGAGAAGAUAGGACCAGGAAUUGGGGUGGAAUAGAUGGACGCCGUCAGUGAAAAGAGCAAGAUAUCAAAAAGAUACAGGAAAGUUCCUUUAAAAUGCUGAUGAGAGUGAUGAUGCUGACUCAUCUCAUAGGAUGUGUCAUUUGUGUUUGUCAAACAUAUCGUACUAAACCAUCCGGACGAAGGAUAAAAUAUCUAUGGAAGGAGGGGACCUUAAUUUUAGGCCAUCAAACUAAGUGCCAAACAUGUAAAGUAAGAUUUAAGAAUAUUUUUAGAUUGCUAAUCUUUUCAGGGUUGACCAUUAGAUUUGAUAUUGAUCCCAAAUGUGAUGAAAAGAAAGAGUGAUAUAGCUCCGUUCCCAAUGCAUGACUUUUGUUAUUAGUUGGCAUCAAGAAGGGAACAUCUUGUAGAUUGGGCUUCAAAUACAGAUAAAAUCAUUUGUGUGUACUUCCACAGGACAUUUAUGCGAUUCAAAGCAACGAACGAGGAAUUGCUGCUCAAAAUGGUGGAAGCUUUUCAUGGGAAAUAGUGCCGGUUCGGCCUCUUGCUCUGUGAUAAGCUGUUGCAUUACUGUCAUUAUUCACAUUGUCAUUUAAGCUCGUGGUUCAUGUCACACAGGUUGAAGUUCCUGGUGGAAGGGGAAAGCCAUCAACAAUUGUUGACAAGGAUGAAAGUCUUCAAAAGGUAACUUAUGUCCUACCUUAAUAUCCUUACACUUAAAGUUUUGCCAUUCUUUAUACAAGCUUUUCUCUGAUUCACUUGCUUUUGUCUAUAACUUCACUACUCCCAUGAUGACUUGAGACUAAGCGUUCCAUGAAUUUUAUUCCAUUCCGGAUUCUUUUUUCUGGAUAAUUGGAUACGAAUAACCGUCUCAGGCUAGUAAUUAUUGGAGAAACAUUUUUUUUUACAUGUUUCAUUAUCACUUUCUCUGUAAUUAUUGAAAACUUCUGGAUAGCCAGAAAGCCUUUGUGAUCCUUUCUGGCUAGAGUAAGAACCUUCUUCCCGGAUGCUAAAGUAAGAACCUAGGGAGCAAAUGAUAAUAUAACCCUAAAAUGAAAUGUCUGAUUAUUGUAAUUUUUACUUAUGCCUGUUAUCAGUUCUUUUAGCACCGAUUCACUGUUUCCUUUUUUUGGUAGUUUGACCCCGAAAAACUGAGGAAGCUUCGACCCAGUUUCAAGGAGAAUGGUGGUACUGUUACAGCUGGCAACGCCUCUAGCCUGAGGUAUCAUAUUACGCCAUCCAUCUAUCAAGAAGUUUUCUUUUCAUGCUUUUAUUACCUCCCAAGAUAUUCAUGAACAUAUUAAUUUACAAGUCCUCAUCAUCUGUUUCCCUGAAAAUUCUGUAUGUGCGUAUAUGCAGAGGCCACAUCUAGCCAUCCAUUAAUGGCUGGAACAUCAUGAUAUCACAAGUAUUCACGGAUAGUAUUUUGUCCUACAUUAGUUUUUGAUAAUCUAGGCAUAGUUCCAUGAUUUGUAACUCUUAGGAUAAGAUAAUCUUGGGAUAAGAUAUUUUGGUUGAUUUUUGUACUUCGUUUAAUUCUUUAGGCCUGAUGAUAUUUAAUGUCUUGUUACUGUUCGAAUAGCAGAAAUCAACUUGAAAAUAAUUAUCCGACUUAAUGAUUUUAAGGACAAUGCUUAGGAAGCCUGCUACCCUUGCCACUCUUGCAUGAAGCGUCCUUAUGUUGAAGUUGUUCUAUCACUUUUUUAGCAUGAUGCUGUCCAUAAAUUCCUUUUUUUACUCUUUCUUCACUUUCCCCGUGCUUCUCACAAACUUUCUAAAGUUUUUUCCUGGAUGGUUGGAUCAGAAUCAUCCGGACCUGGUCCAAAUCAUUGAGAUCCGGUUGGCAAGUAGCCAAUUCUGCUGGAAUUGAAUGGGCUUUGCAUCUUUAAAAUAUACUUUUUAAUUUAUUAAAUAUAAUAUCAUAAAAACCAAAAAAAGUACCCUUUUUCAUUUUAGAUGAUACGAAUUUUUUUAAAAUUUACGAUCAAGUCAUAGAUCAUCCAUUCUUGUACCUCAUGGAGUGUACAUAUGACUGGCAGAAUUUGCUGAUUCUGAACUUAAUCGAUUCAGACUGGAAUCUACUGUAGGUUUUCUCAUCUUAUUGGUUGGAGGGGUUUUGAUUCCUUAUUUAGAGUUAAAUGGUAAAAGAAGAUCAACCGUCAGCUGGUAGACCAGCUGCUCUAUCCUUUCCCUUGGCUUUUCCUUUUGCACUGCUGAGGAAGGCAAAAUAAGGAAGUAGACAAAGAGGAAAAGAAGAAGGGAACAAGAGCUGUUCUGAAGGAAAGGUAGAGGAAAAGAGAGCUGUAAGGUAAAAACUAUAAAAGAAAACUAGAAAAUGGAGAUUUCCGGCAACACUACACCUAGGUGUUGCCCAUUGCCUCUCAUACUACCUGCCACCAUCUCUUGCAGAUGCUGCCUGCACUUUCCCUUCUGAUGUUCCUGGCUCCCAAAGGUCUGUGAAAGAGGAUAGGGAAUACUAAAGGGGAGAUGGAUAUUUAUUCAACGUAUAUUAUUUUAAAGAACUUAUAAAUUUGUUCUUUGUUCUUCUUAGUGGAAAACAAAACCUUCCACGCCCCACACUAGAUUUACAGGUCACCGGAUGAAUUGCCGAGCAUAUAGAUCAGAUCUUGACGCUGAAGUUGCUCCAUGUUGAUACGGACUUGACCCGCUCCCAGCCCACCGGGGGGCACCUUAGCAUGUCGGGAGUCAAGGGGGAACUUACUUGACGUCACCAAUCUCAUCGGUUGGGCACUGUGCCGCCCUGCCUUCAGGUGUUCCAUUUUCCCAUUGAGGCCGAACUAGAUAUAUUUAAAUCAUAGUAAACUUUUUGUUUGUUAUCUAAUCCAAGUCAAAUCAGACUGGUCUAUAUUUAAGCCUGAUUUUGCGACCUACGGGUAUCUAAAGUCAUGCACCGGAAAAUACAAACAACUCUUUGGGUAGCAAUAUGGCUCAAAGACUCUAGCAUUGAUAUUAAAAGUUCGAAAGUCUGAUUACAGUGAUGUACCCAAUUUCUUGAUAUUUAUCUGACUGGGUGAUCCACGGUAGAAUAUUUGAUAGUCGUAUCUUUGAAGGAGCUAGCUGUUGAAAGAUCUAGUUUUUUGUAAAUCAGGUUGCAGCCCUCUCUACCAGUGAUUUAUUUGAUUAAUGCUAUCCUUGUUAUUUAAAUCAGCUUGCAUACUUUCCAUCUCGGAUCAAUGUUUAGUUUUGGAACCGGGCCUUAAAUUUUGACAUUCUAAAUGGAGAAAUCCUCCAGGCUUUUUCUCCAUGUUUGCGCUACUAUGAUUUUAAAUCGCCUCUGGUUCUCGUCACUAUUUUUCUUUUUCCGCCUCUGAUACCAAGUAUUAUCUGACCUAAACAUGAGAAUCUUUUCUCUAGGAUUAAUAUUCUCAUCUUUUGUCUUUGAAUCAUAUGCAGCAUUAUUCAUGCAUGCAUAUCUAAAUCUCAUGGUGUGGAAGUUGGGUUUUCUGCAAUAUCUUCUCUAUCUUUGGAUGCUGUAAGGUCCGCCAUUAGAUGAAAUGUUGGGGUGGCUGUAAUUUUUGCUAAUAUUAAUUCAUAAAGAGAGGAUAUUAUUAGGCAGGUUGUUGUUGAUAGUCUGUGGGCAUAGGUUGUGUAGCCUUGUAGUUCGCUGUUGAACUUUUUUAUGAAAUAAAAAAUCAUUUAUCCGAAUGGGAUAGUUCGUCUGCACCAUAUUCACUUCUGUUUUCGAGCUUAAGUUUUCGCGGUAUUCUUAUAACAUCUUGAAGGUUCUAAUGAUUAUUGUAUAGAUUAGUAUUUUCUUAUCAUUGACUUCGUACUAGUAUAUUGUGGAGUCUACUUUCUGAAACACAUGACUUUUACUACAUAUGACUAAUUCUGCCUAAAACAUCUGUUUGUGAAUAGUGACGGUGCUGCUGCAUUAGUUUUGGUGAGUGAAGAGAAGGCCCGUGAACUAGGUCUCCACGUAAUUGCAAAGAUAAAAGGUUAUGCUGAUGCUGCUCAGGUACUACAGAGAUAGCUCUUCCUGGAAAACUUUUUAUACUAAUCAAUCUGCAACCCGGAAGAGGACCAAGCAGCAAUCCUGGGCCUGGGCCAGUCUGAGUAGUUCAUGAGAUUUACAUUUACUCUUUGAAAAUCUUAAAAUGGUUGGUUAGUUCUUGCUUCUUAGUUCUAAGAUGAAUUCCCCCUUCCAGAAUCCAGAAUUGUUUACAACAGCUCCAGCUCUUGCAAUACCAAAGGCUCUUUCAAAUGCUGGCUUGAAGGCUUCACAGAUUGAUUAUUAUGAAAUAAAUGAAGCUUUUGCCGUGAGUCUCUAAUCUGGCAUGCUUCACAGCGUAUAUUGCAGAUUAAUGACCAAUUUCCUGCUAUCCUUGUACUGUCUUUAAACCUCGGAGUGUCUUUCUAAACAGGUUGUGUCUCUUGCAAAUCAGAAGCUCCUCGGUCUUCCUUCUGUAAGUGUGGAAAGAACCCUAGAGCGUUUCUUGGAACAAUGUUACCGAGUUCCCUUUAUGAUUUCCAUUCAUUUACACGAUUUCUCCACACAAACCUUGGGUAUGAAUAAGAUCUUUUACCACCAAGGUGGAGGAUUCUUCUUUUUUUUUUUUUUGGGUCACGAAUUUCUUUUCUGCAUCUUAAAUUAUCUCUUUUUCUCCCCUACUUGCAGGAGAAGCUGAAUGUGCAUGGUGGAGCAGUAUCUCUUGGACAUCCAUUGGGUUGUAGUGGAGCCCGCAUUUUGGUCACACUUCUAGGGGUAAGAAUGAAUUCUUGACUGCAGUUCAAUUUGAUGUUGUGUCAAUAGAUUUCCACCUAUAAAUUGCCUGGUCACCGCAAAAAAUUAAAUUGGUUGUAGGUGUUCAACAUAUCUGAAUAUAUAUAGCUAUAUAGAAUGGAUAAGCUUAUCAGAACCAUUUUAAAAUCAAGUAAAUGAAAAUGGAAAAAGAGAUUUCUUUUCAGUUUUCCUUUUUAAAGGAUUCCACUCCAAUAUAUUUUCGAAAUAUCCUGGCCUAACCUACCUAUAUUACUCCGGAUGAUGUCCACGAACUUUUCCAUCGCAUUUAUUGUGCCUUUCUUCUUGAUGAGAUUAAUCAUAUUAUUGCGAAAAAAUAUCAUUCUAUAUGGGUUCUCCUCUUAUAUUCUAGUUGUUCAUGUAAAUUAUUUUUUAUCAUCUAUAUUUGAGUGAUUCGAUGUAUAUUCAGACUUUUGGGGGAAAAAAAUACCACUACAUAGGAAUUUCCUCUAAUAUUUCGUCCAAUUUGUCGAAAAAGAACUGUAUUCGAGUAUAUUUCUAGCCGUGCUUCGUCGACGCGCAACAUCAUUUCACUACCCUGCUUAAAAACCGGGACCUCAUUAACAUGGCGCAGUUUUAUUUCAAUGCGCGAGCAAAAUAAAUGGAAAGAAGAGGACGUUGGGCCUCUCUAUUGGCAAGUUUUUCGUUAUAAGUUGGAUUUUAAUUUAAUUAACCGUCAUGAAACCCUGCCUAUGAUGUCUCAGGUUCUGAAGCAUAGGAAUGGAAAACUCGGAGUCGCUGGCGUUUGCAAUGGUGGAGGCGGAGCAUCAGCGCUUGUCCUUGAGCUCAUGUAA